ACACAUUGGCAAGGCAUCAGUCGUUCAUCCGAGCAACAAUACAAUACAGACCAAGAUGUUCAAGUUGGUGGUAUUGUGCGCUUUCUUCGCCGCCGCGGUCGCUGAGCCCGGUGCUCUAAUUGCUGCGCCCAUCACGCAGUACACAACGUACUUGGCUCCCGCUGCGACUACCAUCGCGAAACAGGACAGCACUGUGAUCCAUCCCUCGCCGCUCUUCUACCAGGCUCCUCUGGCGUACACCCAUUUCAUCAAGAAACGAUCUGCCCAGUUCCCUCUGACGUACGCCUCGCCUGCUGCAUACUACCCUGCUAACUACUACGCUGCCACCACGUACAACGCGCCGCUCCUACACGGUGCCACAAUCCUGCCAGCGCCCAUCGCGUCAGUGCCUGCAGUGCCUGCCGUACAUCUGAUCAAGAAGAGGUCAGCACCUUUGUUCCCUACGACUUACUACACGCCCACCACCUACGCCGCUCACACUCCUCUUAUUGCAUCCACCUAUACCGCGACUGCCCCAGUUCUCGCUCAUGCUCCAGUGAUCUCUCAGCCCCUUGCCUACGCCCAUCUGAUCAAGAAGCGGUCAGCUGGUCUGUUGAACACUUACAUCGCCCCUGCUGCGUACUCCCAUCAGUCCCGAGUUGACCUCCAAACAUCUCACAUCCCCUACUCUUCCUUUGCCUACUCCGCGCCCAUUGCCUACUCUACUCCUCUUGCUGUAUCCCACCUGUACAAGUAAGCCUUUGCUCAACGGAACAGCUGUAAAAUCCUUCACUAAAGGAGACUUCAAAUUCAAAAUUGUCAUUAAUCUGAAAUAGUUCCAUGAAUGUACAUAAUAUUGAUGACUGAUUAAUAAACUCUGGAUUUUUUAAA